AUGAUCAUCCUUACACUUAAUUUUUACAUCGUUAGUGAUGUUACACGCAAUUACUCCGAAAUCGAUACUAAAUUUUACCCAGUUCGGCAUAAUAAUAAAAAUUCAAUACCUCCCCUUUCACUUCAGUUAACAAAAAUGUCAUGCUCAAAAAUAUUUUCAGGAGAUUUACCUGAAUUAAUGUAUAAAAUUAUAAAAUAUUUUCAAAAUGAUUAUUCAACUUUAUAUUCGUGCAUUUUAGUUAACAGAUUAUGGUGUCGUUUAACGAUUCCAUUAUUAUGG